AACUUCCGACAGAGCACAAAGACGGAGACAAGACAUGGCGCUGAAUAGCGAGCGAUCCUUGAUGCUAGUCCUAUUGGCUGCCAUCUCCGUUGUUGGCCAACCCUUUGAUCCUGCCAACAGUUCACCGAUAAAAAUAGAUAAUCGCAUAGUGUCCGGUAGCGAUGCGAAAUUGGGCCAGUUUCCCUGGCAGGUCAUACUGAAGAGAGAUGCCUGGGAUGAUCUACUUUGCGGAGGAUCGAUCAUAUCGGACACCUGGGUGCUCACGGCGGCCCAUUGUACAAAUGGCCUGAGCUCCAUCUUCCUGAUGUUCGGCACUGUGGAUCUGUUUAACGCGAAUGCCCUGAACAUGACGUCCAACAAUAUCAUAAUCCAUCCGGACUACAAUGACAAAUUGAAUAACGAUGUCUCGCUGAUCCAACUGCCAGAACCACUGACAUUCUCGGCCAACAUUCAGGCCAUACAACUGGUCGGCCAGUACGGGGACUCGAUCGAUUAUGUGGGCAGCGUGGCCACAAUCGCUGGAUUCGGUUAUACGGAAGAUGAGUACCUGGACUACUCGGAAACCCUUUUGUAUGCCCAAGUCGAGAUCAUUGACAAUGCGGAUUGUGUGGCCAUCUAUGGUAAAUAUGUUGUAGUGGACUCGACCAUGUGUGCCAAAGGAUUCGAUGGUAGCGACAUGUCCACUUGCACCGGCGACUCUGGCGGUCCUCUCAUUCUGUACAACAAAACCAUCCAACAAUGGCAACAAAUUGGCAUCAACUCAUUCGUCGCUGAGGAUCAAUGCACAUACCGGCUACCAUCUGGAUACGCACGGGUCUCGUCCUUCCUCGGCUUCAUUGCAGACAAAACGGGCAUUGCUGUAUGAAAUCGACACGGACACUAAUAAAAGCAUUUACUAAACC